AUGAAGAAAGCAUCAACACAUACAAGUCCCCCACGGAGUAAAUUUAAUUUUCCAUUGUUUGGGGACACUAUAAAGAUCGCCAGAUCCGUCUAUGAAUGGUCAAAAGGACUUGCGAGACAGGGAAAAGUUGUAAAAGCAAAAAUACGAGGACUUGAUGCCACAUUCAAGAAACACGAAAUUUAUCACCUAUCAGGGAUUGAAGGGAUCCAGGCAUUUUAUAACGAGCGGUACGUGAUCCGAGGAAAUGUGUCAACGUUCCUGAAUCCUUAUUUGCUUAAUGGUUCAAGUACUCUGGGAAAUAUGAUGGAUGGUGAAGAGCAUAGAAAUAGUAAUGAGACGAUUUUAGAAGCGAUACAUGAUACGGAUCAUUUAAACCAUAUUUUCAAUGUAUUACGCAACGGUACACGUUCUUUCCUCCAAGAUCUAAGAGUAGAAUCCCAAGUAUAUAAAUACACGACAUUUUAUUUUGAGCGAUUAUUACGAGCAUUUAUAGUCCGUCUAAUAACUCAAAUUUUAUGGAGUCACGAAGCCGACAGUGGUUUUAUUAGGAAAAUAAAUAAAAUGACAAGUGAGCUAAAGGGAAUGACUUUCUCAAAGGAACUACGUGACUUCUCACACCGACGUCUGGCCGAACACCGUUCAGAUCCAGAAAGAUAUAACGACACAAUGAAACAUUUGAUGACUGUCGAACCUCCAUUAGCAAACGAUACAAUUAUUAUGGAAAUUCAGCAUUUGGUGUUUUCGUUGCAUCGAAUCGCGUCUGCAAUUUCUGCUACAUUAAUUUGUUUAUUGCAACAUAAGAAAUCUGAAAUCUACUCGAAUAUCAUGACGGAAUUAGAAAAAAAUCAAAGUUCUUUGCAAAAUGAUAUAUUGUCAAUCAAUCUCUUACUUCCUAAUUUGACCAAUGUCAUUAAAGAAUCACUACGAAUUUUUCCGAUUAAUCCAUUUCAAUUUGGAACUUCUGCAAAAGAAUUUAUAAUUUGUGGAUAUCAAAUUCCAAAAGGAAAAACAAUUGUUGGUGGUUUAUGGGCAACAGGGUUCGAUCCGGAUGUACAUAAAGAUCCCGAAGUAUUUAAUCCAAAACGAUUUGAAAAUGAGAUUUCUGAAAUAGAGACUGGCUUCGAAUGGACUCCAUUUGGAUGUGGCGAAAAACAUCGAAGUGAUGGACAAUCAAUCAUCAUAAACAUUUGUGCAUUCGUCGUCGCUCGUCUUCUAUUAGGAUUUGAGCUAGAAUUGGUAAAUCCGAAUCAAGGAUUCGAUUACCACAAGGUUUUCCCCGCCCCUUCUAACGAGCUACCACUGCUAGCUAAAAUUCGACCGAUAAAUAAAGUGGAACUUUUUUCUGGGUAUACAGAAGAGGAUACUUGGUUCACGAACGAUGUGACGAUUGAAUAA